AUGACGUCCUUGAACAACAACACACAAGUUGAUGUAGUGGAAGAGCAGCAUUGCAUGCGAUUUCCGGCCGCCUCCAGCAGAGGCAUUUGGUUCGGAGAGAAUCCGUUGGACGAUACCCAUACUCUAAUGCUGGCCCAAAUCAUCCUAGUCGUUGUUACUUACCAGCUUCUUUAUUUUUUGCUCAGGCCAUUGGGACAAACCAAAUUCGUCUGCAAUCUCCUGAGUGGCAUUAUCUUGGGGUCCUCUGCUCUUGGGGGCACCAAAGGAUUCAAGGACAGACUAUUCGCAGCCAAAGUGAUCCCACUGUUCGACUCAAUGGCCACUGUUGGUGCAAUAUACACCUUGUUCCUUGCUACAUUGAAAUUCGACGCACUCCGCUUCGAAAGAACGUCGAAGAAAGAUACCGUGAAAAUUGGUCUGGUCUGCUGCAUCUUACCUUCCGCAGUCACCUCAACCCUCCUUUUCCAGCUAGGCGGCCCCGGCACCAUUCCUGGAAUCGGCAAGGGAGCUGCUGCAGGAGCAAUAUAUAUCACUAGUUUCUUUUCUUUGACUUUUUUUCACGGGUUAGCUCAGGCCUUGGAUGACCUCAACCUUAUGACCUCUGAGUUGGGCCAAUUUGCCAUGUCCUCUGCCCUCCUCAACGAUGUGAUCUACUGGAUCGAAAUUAUAUUCUAUUUCUUAUUCGCGCGAGCACGCGCAGGCCAUGGCAUUCAGAGUUUUAUGUCCUUGCUUGGGUUGAUGUUAUUCACUUUCUACGUUAUACGCCCAACUAUAAUGUGGAUUAUCAACAACAUCCCCCAAGGACAAGAAGCCAAGGAAGUUCAUGUAGUUGCAAUACAACUUGGGGUUCUAGUUAUGGCAUUUAUCUCCGACGCCAUAGGCCUGGCGAUGGACACAGGUCCUAUACUUCUUGGGGCAGCCAUACCAGGUGGACCACCUCUUGGUGCAGCAAUAGUCCACAAGACCGAAUAUUUGGUCUCCCAACUUCUUAUGCCAAUCUUCUUUUACCGCAUUGGAUACAGACUAAAUGUGUUUUCGAUUCGCGAUUGGACGAGUUUUUCCACACUUCAGUCAAUCAUUGUCGUGUCGUAUGUUUCAAAGAUUGUGACAGUUGUGGCGGCCGCAAUGUGGUGCAAAAUCGGGUUUAAAAAUAGUCUAAAGCUCAGCAUAGCAAUGAGCAUCAAGGGUAUAAUAGAUGUUCUUAUUUAUUCUCGAUGGAGGGCCACAAAGCUCGUAGAUGAACAAGCUUUUACUCAAAUGGUGUUGUCUAUGCUGGGGGUGACCCUGGUCGCGACACCAUUGCUACAGUUAUCAUACAACCCUAAAAUCCCACUCCGAUCAGCAUCAACCAAACAUCCCGGUUUCAAAAGCAUUCAGUCAAUGCCAACCAACUCUGAAACAUUUCGCAUUCUUUGUUGCUUUCACAACCAAGAAAGCAUCCACAACCUGAUUAACCUCCUGGAAGCCUCAUACCCGACGCAAGCAAGCCCCAUCAUCACCUACAUGGUCCACACAGUCGAGCUGAUGGGGCGUGCCGCGCCUCUACUAAUUCCCUACAAGAGAUUAGAGCACACAAAUGCAUCAUCAAGCACAAAUGAAUCAUCAUCAAUCCAUCAAAUGAUGCGAGCCUUUGAGAAUUACUCAGAAAACUCCAGAGGACCGGUCACGAUCCAUGUUUACAAUAUGAUCGCUUCCUACAAAAGCAUGCAUGACACUAUUCUCCGUCUUGCGCAUGACAAGGUUGUACCUCUUAUUAUCUUACCAUUCCAUGAUCACCGGGGUACGGUUGACCACAAUUUGAUUGCUCCCAUACGCCAAUUCAACAUCAAUGUGCAAACAAAUUCCCCAUGUACAGUGGGAAUACUUGUUGACCGAGGCUUGGCUUGUCAGCUGAGCUCAACAUACUAUUCCUUCAAUGUAGUGGUGAUUUUCAUUGGUGGAGCAGACGACCGUGAGGCGUUGGCCUACGCAGCACGGAUGUCUGGCAAUCCGGACGUGGGAAUGACAGUUUUGCGGAUAAUCUUGCGGAGUAAACUAGAAGGAGGUAGCCAAGAGCAGGAAAUAGAGGCCAAGCUCGACCAGUCUUUGAUCGACGAGUUUAAGCUGGCGAACACCGGGGAUGAGUGCCUGAAUUGGCAUGAUAUCGAGGUGGAUGACAGUGCACAAGCUAUGAGUGCCAUUAAGAAGUUGCAAGGCAAUUAUGACCUUGUCAUGGUAGGGCGGCGACACGUGGAGAUGUCUCUGAGGGAUGAAGAAAUGGAGGAAUUCGUGGAGCAUCCAGAGCUGGGAGUGAUUGGUGACAUGCUUGCUUCUUCAAAUUUCUGGGAUGGAAUGGUGAAUGUGUUGGUCAUGCAAGAAAGCAGGGGAUUAGGCUAUGGAGCUUUUCGUAGUGACUCUGCAAGGUUUUCAGAGAAUAUAUAUGAAUGA